ACCUGGUUCACCCGUUUCCGCUGAAGCAUUAACUCCUGCUACGAAGUGAAAGUAAACGUAAAACGUGGCUGCACAAGAGAUCUUUCUUCCUUGAAAUGGCUGCCUGGUAUUUUCUCAUCUUUUUCCUCAUCAUUCCCUCGUGCCUGGUUGCUGGGCAGACUUCAACAUUUGGUCUCAAAGGGGGAAAUGCCUCCUUGAAGCCAGACAUCACUGGACAGCCUGAUGGAAUUCUGUGGAAAUUUAAAGGCAACAAAGUGGCAGAGUUUGAUGGCAAAGAGCAACAUGUGUACGGUCCAUAUAAAAACAGGAUCACUCUUGACUGGGUCACUGCAGAACUCACUAUCGCUCACCUCAGAUUGGAAGACAGCGGAGACUACGAACUGGAAAUAGAGAUCAACAACGUGUUGCGUACUUCAUACUAUGCACUGGAGGUCAUGGACAAAGUCAGCAGACCCACCAUAUCCUGUAAGAUGAAGGAGGGCGGCAGCGUGAUCUCAUCCGGAGAGCUGGUGUGCUCUGCAGAGCCUCAACCAUCACUGAAGUUUGAGUGGGGAGCUUCUGGAAAGCUGCAGGUCGGCCCAAAGCUGCAAAUACCUCUGGGGGAGGAACAUGAUGAUGAAGUAUACAGUUGUAGUGUGAGCAACCUGCUGAGCAAGGAAACGACUACAUUCACUGCAAAGGAUUGCUACCCAGAAGAAAGUUCAUCUGUAGCAGCGAUCACCAUUGCAGUCAUCAUCAUUGCUCUUGUGUUACUCCUCGUGUGUGUGGCCAUAUUUUGGCUUAAACGACACAAUAAAGCAUGUUUUGCAGAAGAUGAUUUGGAAAAACAAUCCUCACCUGGAAGUCAAGAAGGUUCAAAUAAGAAGGAAGCUCAGAAAGAUGAAAAAAGGAAUCUUGUACACAGAGAAUCAACUCUUCCCUCCGUUCAAAAGCUUUUUCAAAGAUAUAAAUCUAGAAAUCCAUUUUCUGACAAACAAAACGAAGGGACGGAUUCGGACCAUGAAGAAGCUGAGGAGAUGCCAAAAAAAGGGCAUGUUGAAGGCGUAAAGAGAAAACUUCUUGGAUCAAAGGAACCUUCAAUGAUUAAACAAGAGGAGACGCCCAAUAAAGGACAUGUAAAAAGCAUGAAAAAACGUUUAGGAUUAGAAGAUGAUCAUCAUGAAGGAGAUGCAGAUGCAGUCCGUCCCACAGAGACUCCACAGGAAAAAGUCCCACUGAUCAACCAAUCAGACUCUGUGGAGAAGAAGGACCCAAAACCUGCUGGUGUGAUGGACCACGUCAGUGAGGACAAGGAGUCUAGUCCUGAUGGCUCUAAAUCUCCUGAACAUCCAGGUUUGGAGACUACAAUAAAACCUUCAAUGACUAAACAAGAGGAGACGCAAAAUAAAAGUGACUGUAAAACAAGUUUUACAAUCCAUCUCACAGAGCCUCCACAGGAAAAAGUCCCACUGAUCAACCAAUCAGACUCUGUGGAGAAGAAGAACCCAGAACCUGCUGGUGUGAUGGACCACGUCAGUGAGGACAAGGAGUCUAGUCCUGAAGGCCCCAAAUCUCCUGAACAUCCAGAGCCACUAAAGGGGUCAGAAGCUCAGUCUACUGAUGUUGACGCUUCCCCGGCUGAUCAGGCACUUUCCCCUUUGACCCAAAGCUCUCUGAAUAUGGACCCUAAAGACCAAAAGGACGUCACCAUCUCAGGAGAUGCAGAUGCAGUCCGUCCCACAGAGACUCCACAGGAAAAAGUCCCACUGAUCAACCAAUCAGACUCUGUGGAGGAGAAGGACCCAGAACCUGCUGGUGGGUCGGACCACGUCAGUGAGGACAAGAAGUCUAGUCCUGAAGGCUCUAAAUCUACUGAUCAUCCAGAAUUUGCAAUGACUAAAACAGAGCCACUAAAGGAGGCAGAAGCUCAGUCUACUGAUGUUGAAGCUUCCCCGGCUGAUCAGGGAUUUUCCCCUUUGACCAAAAGCUCUCUGAAUAUGGGCCCUAAAGACCAAAAGGACGUCACCAUCUCAGGAGAUGCAGAUGCAGUCCGUCCCACAGAGACUCCACAGGAAAACGUCCCACUGAUCAACCAAUCAGACUCUGUGGAGGAGAAGAACCCAGAACCUGCUGGUGGGUCGAACCACGUCAGUGGGGACAAGAAGUCUAGUCCUGAAGGCCCCAAAUCUCCUGAACAUCCAGGUUUGGAGACUACAAUAAAACCUAAAAUGAUUAAACAAGAGGAGAUGCCAAAUGAAGGACAUGUAAAACGUGUCAAAAAACGUUUAGGAUUAGAAGAUGAUCAUCAUGAAGGAGAUGCAGAUGCAGUCCGUCCCACAGAGACUCCACAGGAAAAAGUCCCACUGAUCAACCAAUCAGACUCUGUGGAGGAGAAGGACCCAGAACCUGCUGGUGGGUCGGACCACGUCAGUGAGGACAAGGAGUCUAGUCCUGAAGGCCCCAAAUCUCCUGAACAUCCAGAGCCACUAAAGGAGGCAGAAGCUCAGUCUACUCAUGUUGAAGCUUCCCCGGCUGAUCAGGAACUUUCUCCUUUGACCCAAAGCUCUCUGAAUAUGGGCCCUAAAGACCAAAAGGACGUCACCAUCUCAGGAGAUGCAGAUGCAGUCCUUCCCACAGAGACUCCACAGGAAAACGUCCCACUGAUCAACCAAUCAGAAUCUGUGAAGGAGAAGAACCCAGAACCUGCUGGUGGGUCGGACCACGUCAGUGAGGACAAGGAGUCUAGUCCUGAAGGCCCCAAAUCUCCUGAACAUCCAGAGCCACUAAAGGAAACGUCUACUCAUGUUGAAGCUUCGGCGGCUGAUCAGGGAUUUUCCCCUUUGACCCAAAGCCCUCUGAAUAUGGGCCCUAAAGACCAAAAGGACGUCACCAUCUCAGGUCAGGUGACCGGAGAAUCUGCGGAGACUAAAUUCGGAGAAUCCGACUCAUCAGGAGAAGGAAAAGGACAUGAAUCAGACCACACUGACGAAUCGAUAUCUACUGAUCUUGAACAGAAAGGUUCAAGGACAUCGACAGAGCCAGAAGAAAAUAACACAAAUGCAGGUGAACAUGAAGAAACAGACAUGAAUUCAGCAAACUCCCAUCAACGUCAGAGCCCAAGAACCAAACCAGCCCACAGCACCACGGAUACGGAUCAGCAGUCCUCAGACGCUGCACGAGGACAACCAGACGAAGAAGAAGAAGAAGAAGAAGAGCUUGAGACCUGCCCUGAGUCACAUGACACAGAGGGGCAGUUAGAUAAAGGAGAGGCCAAAGUGUUUGAGGUAAGAAUGAGGUGUGGCUUUAAGGGAGAAAGGCCCAAUGACAGCUGUAGUGGGGAUGAAGCAGGACAAAAGGAACAUGAAGGUGUGUCGCUGGCUUUUAUGCAACUUGGAGAACAGGGAGACAUUUAGGAAGGAAGCGGAUGGUGAAAGUGAAGCUUUAAAUGAAACCCAGCAAGAAAAAGUCAACUCUACACAAAUGCUGUCAUUGAAACCUGCAAAAGAAGAACUUAAACUAGAUGGCUGAAAAACACACAGAGCAGAGAUCACAUGUUUACACAAAGCCACAGUCAGUGUGAGCUCAGAGUGGGAUGAACCUGAAAGGAAGCAACGAGGACCAGAAACUCUCUCAAGACAAGGAUUGUCUCUACUUUUCCCUUAAGAUUUUUUUUAAGAUACAAAAGGCUUCAUUGAAGGUGUUGGAACACAGUAAAAUCAUCACAUGCACCAAAUACUCCCUCUGAGUUCAUCAAAGACCGACAAAAUGCUGCAAGGAACAAGACUUUUCUAUCUACAAUCAAAAUAAUGGAUCAUUGUGACAUGAAUGUUCUCCCCUGUAUUUUAAAAUGUUGUUUCCACUCCUUUAUUUUGGCUUGAGACCAGAUUGUUUUUGCCAAUUUAUUGAAGAGAUAUUUGAAAGAUUCUAAACUCAUCUUUAGUUAUGUGUGAUUCCUGUGAAUUACACUUCUGCAGUAAUGAUUUUGUAAUUAUUUUCCUUUUCUUGCAGCAUUAUUUCCUGGAUGUUUUGAAAAUGUCUUAUUGCAAAAAUGUAUAGAUAUUCUAGUGUUAGCAGCUUAUUUCCAGUUUCGUCUUUUUGUUCAACGAUUUUUUCAGAUCCUUUUCCAAAAUAAUAUUGCAGAAUGAUUGCUAAAAUGAUGAAAUAAAAGAAUUUAACUGA